AUGAGAGUCUUCCUCGACAUUUUCAGCCAUGCGCAGAUCGAGUCCGAGGCCGUCGCCAAGUUCCACCGAGGAAGCGCACCAACGUGCACCAACGCUACUCAUUGUGCGGUAAUGAUGCACUCGUGUGUCGUGCCGUCUCCCAAGUACCGACAAGACUCCGAAUCGCUAGUCGUCGAAGACAUCGUGCUAGAGUAUGUCCGGCGCCAGGCACAGAACGGUUCCUGA